CCCAGAGUACACUGGGAAACGGGUAGAGGAACAUGGCGCAGGGUCGGUGAGGAGGACGCUGAACAACAGAGGAUUAUAUUCCGGAGAUCAUGCUGAAAUCCUAAAAUGAGAAUGUGAAAUGGUUUCACUUCCGAAAUCUUGGAUAUCUACCACUGCCCCUUUGAUGAAUAAUAGGAAAACGCCUCUCAGGAAUACCUGCAAUUGCAUUCAUAAACAUUUUUUUAGGACUUACAACCCCUGAGCAUUAUUUUUUAUUGACAAACGUCACAUUUUCAUCUAAAUAUUACAUGGGAAAAUGGCUGAGAGAAAUAAAAUGAAUAUAGAGGUCCCACAAGGAGUUGAUAGACUUCGAGUGGAGCAUAAAAAGCAGGUUGCAUAUUCAUUUAUGUGCGCGUGGCCUCUUCGACAGAUCAUUUAUCGUGGACAUUUUCUAAACCUUUUUUUCUAGAAGCUUCCUUGAGGUAGCAGUCACAUGUUGCUUGUUGUUUAUUUCAGCGUGGAUCCUGGACAAGCCAUGUUGUGUACAACCAUCGAGUAUGCAUCAUCAAGUUUGUCAAUUGCUCUGAUAUUGACCCAUGUUUAUCUAUUUCAGCAAGUACAAUGCAUGAAAAGUAAACAAAUGAACCAUGCACGUAACAAUACACACGCAUUUCCUUGUGCGGCCGGCCUACUGCCCAUUAAACAUUAACCUAGAUUCAACAUCCAUAACUAACUAGUUUAAUCUUAUCUAAGUGUAUAGCGAAUAUCAAUCCAAAGUGUAAGGCAUUGAUGACUGAUGAUGUUUAAUAAAAGGCAUUUACAGGCAAUGCAAAUGCAGUAUAGGACAACAGUAAAGAGCUAGCUAGCUACUGUUAGUCAGUUGGCAAAGUCAUGUUCUUGUUGUGUUACAUUAGAAUUGGAGUCAUGCAGCAUGCAAUGGAGGGUGCAACUUUAUGCCUUCUUUCAAAUAGAAACAUAGGCCUAAUGUGUUGGGACAUGCUUCUACCCAAAGUGUAGUACUGUAGUAGGCUACUUCCUGGUAUGACAUCCAUUGCAAAGUAUGCAGAUGCCCCUUCCUGCCCCCAGGUUGGUGCUCCAGUGUAUGUGGUGCAAGGCUGCGAAGGUCAGAUCCAGCACUGGGCGAAGGUAAAAGGUGACUAUGAAACCCUCGAGGAUCGACUCAAAACUCUUCCAGAUCAGGUGUCCUAUGACAUCAUGGUGCCAUUUGGCCCUCUGGCCUUCAUGCCUGGGAAGCUGGUCCAUACCAAUGAGAUCACCGUGCUGCUGGGGGACAACUGGUUUGCAAAGUGCUCUGCCAAGCAGGCCCAGAAGCUCGUGGAGCACAGGAAGAAACAUGUAAAUAGUGCGCUGUAUGACUUGCACAAGACGAGGAAGGACUUUGAAGCCAGAGUUGGGUUUACAGAGGAUCUAGAAAAACUCUCAGGCGCUAAAGGGGACUAUGUGGACAUCAGAGAAGAGGUUGGAAGUAUUGAAGAAAUGGUCAGCAAAGGAAAGCAGCGUGUGGCUCUUAAGCCCCACUCUAAGCCCAAGAUGGAGGCUGUUGUGAAGAUAGAGGAAGAAGAGGAGGAGGAUGACGAAGAGGGCAGUGGAGAGGGAGAUGGAGGGAGCAGGAGAAGAGUGCUGUCUGAGGAGGAGCUAUGGGCCAGACUGGAUGAGUUGGAAGCGCAGGAGGAGCAGGAAGAGGAGCAUCACCGACAGUUUGACAGUGCAGACACCAAUGGCAACGACGACACAACAUCCUCUGAGGAAGAGAAGGAGGGAGAUAGCGGCAGUUAUCAUCGUGUCAAUGGACAUGAUGAGAGGAGCAAAGGCAGGGCGUUUGUGCCUAACAACGGCAGCCAACUAAACAGUACAGCCCAGUCAACCAGGGAUGGGGAGGAGGAGGAAGAUGAAGCAGAGGAGGAGGAAGGCGACUGUUUGCCUACCAUCUAUUUCUCUCAUACGGUGGAACCCAAGAAGGUGAGGAUAAACACAGGGAAGAACACCAUGUUGAAGUUCAGUGAGCUGAAAGAACAGAAGCAGCAAGCCAAGAGGAAAAAGAAGAACGGCACCAGCAACGGUCACUCUCACCACGGGCUCCACAACAUCACUACGCCCACAGACCUCUACAGGUUGUUUGUGGAUGUGAAGAACGGCGAGCCCAUCCCCAGGAAGUCCAUCCUGAAGUCCCGGAGCAGAGAGAGCAGUGUGUGUAGCGACACCAGCGAGAGCAGCGCUGCCGACUUCGAGGAGCGCCGGACGUUUGGACGCACUCUGAGCCAUGACGAGAACACGUACAGCGACACCAGCGACGGUAUCACGGAGGAGGACAGCCCCACCGGGGUCCUCCUACACCCCACCAGCAGCUUUCAGGCCUUUUCUGGCAUGGUGGUUGAGAAGGAGCCCAUUCCCUUGUCGAUCCCCCAAUUCACCAUUGCUCUGCCAGCGCUGCCCACCAUUCCAGAGAGGAAACUGGAGGAGGUGGCCCCCGAGGUCCCCCAAGAGGCCCCAAAGAGGGUGUCCAAGUUCAAAGCUGCCCGGCUGCAGCAGAAGUGACCUAGCAGAGCCAGUCUCCAGGAUCCAAACUACGGGAUCCUUUUUUAACAUUGAUUUUCUAUGCCAACACUUUUUUGAGUUGGACAGACUGUGAACCCACCCUAUGAUCUGCCCUCCCUCUUCAAGCCUCUCUUCUUCUCUUUCAUAAUGCUUUUCCUGUUAGUACACAUUGUUUAUAUUGCAAUAUGCCUAUUCUGUAAGAGGCAGUACUCUGUAAGAGUAGCAUAACAUUGUUGAGAAAGCAACCCAACACACUUACUCUUAACCAUUUACCUGCCUUGUAUAAUGAAACAUCAAGCUUUUUAGCUAAGAACCCCAUUAUUUAUGAAUUAGUACUUCACUGCAAUAUGUUUUUAAAUAUAGAGGUAGUUUAUUUAGAGCCCUCAUCCUCCAACAUUAUGGCACUACAUUAGUCAACACUGCCUAGGUGCGCAUUUUAUGGUGGUUGAUCUUGUGUCAGUGUCUUGACUAUACUCUGUGACAAAGCCAGUGGUUUACAACUCUAUUCAUUGUUUGAUCCAUGCUUUUGCCUGCUAUGCUAAGAUGACACUCUGCAUCGUUCAAUUUAUUUUUGCCUUUUCCUUUCUUAAUUAUUCUACGACAGGGUCAGAUGUUAACUUCCCUAUAUUUCCCCAAAUCCCAUUGUAUCUGCCUAUUGAAUGUAUGUCCACCUCUGUGACCAGCUUUAUGUCAAAAAGAAAUAUUGUUGUAAACUGGAAUGAAAAUAAAAGAUUUUUGGACAAA